AUGCUGAAGGGUCAACAACAACAGGGUCCGGGGUCUGCCCUGGAGUCUCCUCCCAGUUGGAUGAGCAUGGAAAAACCUCCAGGCUUCAUCCAGAUCAGAUGCCUGAAACAUCUCAAAUGGCUCAUUUCCUCACCGCCAUCUGGUGUCAUCGCGGAUCAGCCCACUGCCCCCGAGAACAACAUUGACCUGGACGAGGAGUCUGAUGAGGACAGUGACGCAAGUUCCUCAUCGUCAUCCGGUUCAGACCUGGACGAGGAUUCUGAUGAGGACGGUGAAACAAUUUUCUCACCGCCAUCUGGUGUCAUCGCGGAUCAGCCCGCCACCCCCGUGAUCAACAUUGACCUGGAAGAGAUUCCUGAUCGGGACAAUGAAAUAAUUUUCUCACUGCCAUGCGGGAUCUCCAUGGUUGUGUCUUCAGCCCCCAAGAACGGUACACACCUGGACGAGGAGUCUGAUGAGGACAGUGACACAAGUUCCUCAUCGUCAUCCGGUUCAGACCUGGAUGAGGAUUCUGAUGAGGACGGUGAAACAAUUUUCUCAGUUGCGCAGGGAGACAAAAUGUCUCAACUCCAGAGUAAUAAAGUACCCGGAUCUUCCAGCAAUCUUCUGUAG